AAAAAUAAAGAGAAAAGCGAUGAUAAUAUUUCAUCUACAGCAUAUUAUAAAAAAAAUAAUAAUACUAUAAUUCUUCAAGACUCUUUAUCUGAUAAUGAAAAUGAUAAUAUUGAAUUUCAAGCUUCUUUGCCAGUUUAUGAAAAUGCUAAUAUUAAUAUAUCUUCUCCACAAAUAUGUGAUAAUGAUGAUAUUGACUCUCAAGCUUCUUCACUACUUCAUAGAAGCACUAAUAUUAAUGCAUCUUCUUUACAAAUAUGUGAUAAUGAUGAUAUUGAAUCACAAGCUUCUUCACGAUUUCAUAAAAGUACUAAUAAUAAUAUGUCUUUACAAACAUAUAAUAAUGUUGAUAUUGAAUCUCAAGCUUCUUAA